AUGCAGUAUGGCCGACGAAAUACGAUAGAAGUGUUUGGGGUACCAGAAACCGAGGGAGAGAACUGUUAUGAUAGGGUGGUGGAGAUUGGUAAAGCUCUGGACGUGGCGUUGGAUCAUACAUCGAUCGACGCGUGCCAUCGGCUGCCGAAAAAUAAAGAUAUGAAUAUGCCUGCGGGAAUAAUUGUUAAAUUUGUCCAGCGAGGUGUUAAGGACGCUCUACUGUCGAAGAGAAAGUUGUGUAAGAGCUUCACUACUAACAACAUAAACAUGAGUGGAAAUCACAACAUCUACUUGAACCAGUCGCUAACACCGAGACGAAGGAAGCUAUUCGCGAUGGCUAAGAGGGCGCAGAGCGAGAAGGUGGUGCGUCACGUGUGGGCCGAUCGGGUCGGCCGAGUCAAAGUAAGGAAGGAGGAUGCAGGCAGAGUCUACGUAAUAGGGAGUGAGGACGACUUGAAAAAAUUGAGCACAGAAAAAAAUUGA